AUGAGGAUACUUCGCAUGGUACGUACUCUCGGACCUUCUAACAAGUAUGACCAAGAAGCAUCUAAACCUUCCGACAAGGUACAAAGACGUCUUGCCCAAAAUCGCGAGGCUGCUCGUAAAAGCUGUUUGCGGAAGAAGGCUUAUGUUCAGCAGUUAGAAUCAAGUCGUUUGAAGCUCAUUCAGUUGGAGCAGGAGCUUGGCAGAGCUAGACAACAGGGUCCGUAUAUAGGUGGUGGAGUAGAUGCCAGUCAGCUAGGUUUUGGUGGAACUAUGAACUCAGGGAUUGCAACUUUUGAGAUGGAGUAUGGGCGCUGGUUGGAGGAGCAAAAAAGACAUAUUUGUGAUAUGCGUACUGCUUUAAAUGAGCAUGCUCGUAUAAGUGAAGUAGAGCUCCGCAUGCUUGUAGAAACCGACAUGAACCACUAUUUUGAACUUUUUCGCAUGAAAGCAACUGCAGCGAAAGCUGAUGUUUUCUAUGUGAUGUCUGGCUUGUGGAAAUCAUCGGCAGAAAGGUUUUUCUUGUGGAUUGGGGGUUUCGCCCUACAGAGCUUCUUGAGGUGA